UGGGUAGCUAAUAAGACCAAGAAUUAGUCAGGACUAUAAAUUUAACCUCAGCUAUUAUCCAAAUAACCUCAGCUAUUAUCCAAAUAUCACACAGUUCUAUUUAUAUAAAAACUCUUCUUGAGGAACACUCCUCAUUGAUCCUGGUUAAUCUUCUUUCACAUCUUUGUACAUCAAAUCAAAUUCGAUUUUGGAAUAAUUCACAUCACUUCUGCUUCUAUUGGAACAUAAAAUUCUCUUUUUAACUCUUCUUCCAUAGGCAUAAGGCAUGCAUGCAAUAACAUGCUUUGUAAUUAGUAAGAAUGGCAUUUAAUGGGCUACCAAAGAUAGAGACACAAAAAUUGGAAGAAGAGAUAUGUCAUGAUGACAGUGUAGCACCAGUGAAAGCACAGACAGUGGAUGAGUUGCAUUCCCUACAGUUGAAGAAAUCAGGACCCAAUACCCCUAUCAUUCAGCAAACUGCCUUUGGGGCUGAAGCAGCUGACAAAAAUAAACAACAGCUCCAAUCCAUCAGUGCAUCAUUGGCAUCAUUGACAAGGGAGACAGGGCCAAAGGUAGUUAAAGGAGACCCUGCUAAGCAGCCUGAGACACCCAAAGUGGUCCAUGCCUCUCAGAAACAUCAACAAACUCCAGCAUUCAGCAAUAUUACUGAUAGUGCCCUCAAGUUUACUCACAUCCUGUACAAUCUCUCCCCUGCUGAGCUAUAUGAGCAAGCAAUCCAGUAUGAAAAAGGCUCGUUCAUCACUUCAAGUGGUGCAUUGGCCACACUUUCUGGUGCCAAAACGGGGCGCUCACCAAGAGACAAGCGUGUUGUUAAGGAUGACACUACAUCAGAGGAACUUUGGUGGGGAAAGGGAUCACCCAAUAUUGAGAUGGACGAACAGACAUUCUUAGUCAACAGAGAAAGAGCUGUUGAUUAUCUUUGCUCAUUGGAGAAGGUUUUCGUUAAUGAUCAGUUUCUCAAUUGGGAUCCUAACAAUAAACUCAAAGUUAGAAUUGUAUCUGCCAGGGCCUAUCACUCCCUGUUUAUGCACAACAUGUGUAUCCGACCUACUCCUGAAGAGCUGGAGAAUUUUGGUGCUCCGGAUUUCACGAUAUACAAUGCUGGGAAAUUCCCGUGUAAUCGUUACACUCACUAUAUGACUUCUUCAACUAGCAUAGACCUUAAUCUUGCUAGGAGAGAAAUGGUCAUUCUUGGCACACAGUAUGCAGGGGAAAUGAAAAAAGGUCUCUUCAGUUUAAUGCACUAUCUAAUGCCUAAGCGUCAAAUUCUCUCUCUUCACUCUGGCUGCAAUAUGGGAAAAGACGGAGAUGUAGCCCUCUUCUUCGGAUUAUCAGGAACCGGGAAGACUACAUUGUCUACAGACCAUAAUAGGUACCUAAUUGGAGACGAUGAACAUUGUUGGAGUGGGCAUGGUGUUUCGAAUAUUGAAGGUGGUUGCUAUGCUAAAUGCAUUGAUUUGUCGAGGGAGAAAGAGCCUGAUAUUUGGAAUGCCAUCAAGUUUGGCACUGUGUUGGAAAAUGUGGUUUUCGAUGAACACACUCGAGAGGUGGACUACACGGAUAAAUCUGUAACAGAGAACACCAGGGCAGCAUAUCCAAUUGAAUACAUCCCAAAUGCUAAAAUACCAUGUGUUGGUCCUCAUCCUAAGAAUGUCAUCCUUCUUGCUUGUGAUGCCUUUGGUGUGCUUCCUCCAGUCAGCAAGUUGAACUUGGCACAGACAAUGUACCACUUUAUUAGUGGCUACACAGCUUUGGUGGCUGGAACAGAGGAAGGAAUUAAAGAGCCAACUGCAACAUUUUCAGCAUGCUUUGGUGCAGCAUUUAUAAUGCUUCAUCCAACAAGAUAUGCAGCCAUGCUAGCUGAGAAAAUGCAGAAACAUGGAGCUACUGCAUGGCUUGUCAACACUGGAUGGUCAGGUGGAAGCUAUGGAACAGGCAGCCGUAUUAAGUUAGCAUACACUAGGAAAAUCAUCGAUGCCAUCCACUCAGGAGAACUUCUGAAUGCAAAUUACACGAAAACUGAGGUGUUCGGGCUGGAAAUCCCAACUGAACUCGGGGGAGUUCCUUCAGAGAUUCUGGAUCCAGUCAACGCUUGGCCAGACAAGGGUGCCUACAAGGAAACUCUAUUGAAGCUGGGAGGAUUGUUCAGGAAGAACUUUGAAGUGUUCACAAACUACAAGAUUGGAGCUGAUAACAAUCUGACUGAGGAGAUACUGGCUGCAGGUCCAAAUUUCUGAGAUUGAAGACCUAAUUAGCUGCAUAAUGUCACGGGUUCGACCCGUGAAAGCUGUGUCAUCUUGACUAUGGAAUAUGUUCAGAUUCAUCGUCUGAAUAUUAGUAGAGAUGUCUACAUUCAUUCAACCUUUAUUUAUUUCAAGCCGUUACUAGCCGUUAUUUGAAUUAUGACAAUAUUUAUUCACCCAUCAUUAAUAUUGAAAACCAAUUGUUUCUUACAA